GAAGCCUGGAAGUCUGCGCAUGCGCGGAAGGGAAGAAGAAGAAGGCAGGGAGCUGCAAGAUGAAUGCCAUCGUGGUCCUUUGCCACUUCUGCGAGCUCCAUGGCCCUCGCACGCUUUUUUGCACGGAAGUCCUGCACGCCCCUCUCCCUCAAGGUGCCGGGAAUGGGGACAGCCCUGGGCAAAGCGAACAAGCGGAGGAGGAGGAAGACGGCAUCCAGAUGAGCAGCAGGAUCCGCUCCCACAGCCCUGCGGAGGGGGCCAGCGCCGACUCCAGCAGCCCCGGGCCCAAGAAGUCCGACAUGUGCGAGGGGUGUCGUUCUCUACCAGCGGGACACCCGGGAUACGUCAGCCACGACAAGGAGACCUCCAUCAAGUAUGUCAGCCACCAGCACCCCAACCACCCUCAGCUCUUUAGCAUCGUGCGCCAGGCCUGUGUCCGCAGCCUCAGCUGUGAGGUUUGCCCAGGACGGGAAGGCCCCAUCUUUUUUGGCGACGAACAGCACGGCUUUGUGUUCAGCCACACUUUCUUCAUCAAGGACAGCCUGGCCCGGGGCUUCCAGCGCUGGUACAGCAUCAUCACCAUCAUGAUGGACCGUAUCUACCUCAUCAACUCCUGGCCCUUCCUGCUGGGCAAGAUCCGGGGCAUCAUCGACGAGCUGCAGGGCAAAGCGCUGAAGGUCUUUGAGGCAGAACAGUAUGGCUGCCCGCAGCGUGCCCAGCGCAUGAACACGGCCUUCACCCCAUUCCUCCACCAGCGGAAUGGGAAUGCGGCUCGCUCCCUCACCUCCCUGACCAACGAUGAGAACCUGUGGGCUUGUCUUCAUACAUCCUUUGCUUGGCUCCUAAAAGCUUGUGGCAGCAGACUGACGGAGAAACUAUUGGAAGGGGCUCCCACAGAAGACACUCUGGUUCAGAUGGAGAAGCUGGCUGACCUCGAGGAAGAAUCGGAAGGCUGGGACAAUUCUGAGGAGGAAGAAGGGAAGCCUCCCAGCCAGGCAGAGGUCCAGGAGGGCCGGGAGCUGGUCAAGAGCCCCACGGACCCUGCUCUUUUGGUGGAUGGCAGUGGGUGGCACUUGGCUCCGAAGGGUCAGCCAGUCUUCCGAUCCCUCCGGCACUUGAGACAGGUCUUGGGAGCCUCCCCUUUCCGCAUGCUGGCAUGGCACGUGCUGAUGGGCAACCAGGUCAUCUGGAAGGCUCGGGAUCCGGACUUGGUCCAGUCUGCCUUCGACGUCUUGCGGACCAUGCUGCCCGUCGGCUGCGUCCGAAUCAUCCCCUACAGCGAGAAAUAUGAGGAGGCUUACCGGUGCAACUUCCUCGGCCUCAGUCCCCAUGUGCCAAUCCCUCCUCACAUAUUGUCUUCUGAAUUCGCCGUUCUCGUGGAAGUCCGCGCUGCCACUCGGUCCAGCCUCUAUCCCGUCUUGUUUGACGAUGAACAGCCGCUGAGCAAAUAUGAAUUUGUGGUUACAAGUGGGAGCCCGGUAGCAGCAGACAGAGUGGGUCCAACCAUCUUGAACAAGAUCGAAGCUGCCUUGACGAACCAGAACCUUUCAGUGGACGUUGUGGACCAGUGCCUUAUCUGCCUGAAGGAGGAGUGGAUGAAUAAAGUGAAGGUCCUCUUCAAGUUCACCAAAGUAGACAGUCGGCCCAAAGAGGACACCCAGAAGCUGCUGGGUAUCUUGGGUGCUGCGGAGGAGGACAACGUGAAGCUUCUGAAGUUCUGGAUGACAGGCCUCAGCAAGACCUACAAGUCCCAUCUGAUGUCGACGGUUCGCAGCCCAACCUCAUCCGAGUCUCGGAACUAGAGCUGUCCAUCUGUGUGCGUUUUAGGCUCAACAGAGACUUAUGGGAGUCCACCAUGAUCCAGAUCCAGGGCUGAGAUGGAGGAGGACUCCACAUUCUGGUGCAGGCACAAAGACUUGGUGCUCUUCCAUUACUAAUCCUGGAUUCCAGCAGAUGAGAAAGAGAGGGCUUCUUCCCUUGAAAGUCCUGUUAAACAUGGAAUUUUCCUUGCCUGCCAUCUUGCUCGAACACUUCCUAUGCCUUUUCUACACUGAUAAAAAAUCUAGAUUAUCUGCUUUGAACUGAUUAUGACUCUCCACUGCUAUAUCAUUCAGUUCAAUACAGAUAAUCUGCAUUUUAUAUGGCAGUGUAGAUGGGACCUUGGUCUUUCCACUUGGAUGCUAACUCAACAAAAUGGGCGGCUUCAUCUGCCAUCUCACAUAUUCAGACUUCAUCAGUACCUUAUUUUGAUUUUCAAGCACAGGCUCAUAAGCAUGCUCUGAAUUUGUCCCUAAAUUAAGACUGAAGAGCGGGUUUAAAUUAUUUAUAAGAUGUGUGUACUAGAUUAGCUUCAAUACAUAAUAUAUGGAACGAAUGUUGGUCAUCUUGUAUUGACAGGUCGUUGGACGAAGAGACAUUAUCAAGAUUUUAACUUCUUUUGUAAAUAAAAUUAAAUGGUAGCUGUUUGAUAGAGGAAUGACUCUCAGUCGCUUUGUAUUGAGAAGGCUUGGGCUAAGAGACAC